AUGUCUUGCCGCUCUUACCGCGUCAGCUCCAGUCGCCGCGUGGGCAACUUCAGCUCUUGCUCAGCAAUAAGCCCCCGGAACCUGAACCGCUUCCAGAUCAGCUCUGUCUCCUGCAGGAGCGGGCCCAGCUUCCGAGGUCUUGGUGGCUUUGGCAGUCGGAGUGUCGUCAGCUUUGGAUCGUGCUCACCCCGGAUAGCAGCUGUGGGCCCUCGUCCCAUCCGCUGCGGAGUUGGCUUCAGUGCUGGCAGUGGGAUGGCCUUUGGUUUUGGUGAUAGGAGUGGUGCUGGUCUGGGCUUUGGGCCCAGCAGUUGUUUGGGUCUGGGGUUUGGACCCGGCAGUGGCCUUGGCUAUGGCUUCGGUGGCCCUGGCUUUGGCUACCGAGUUGGAGGAGUUGGAAUCCCAGCUGCCCCAUCUAUCACAGCAGUGACUGUUAACCAGAACCUGCUGACCCCUCUCAACCUGGAGAUUGACCCCAAUGCACAGAGAGUGAAGAAGGAUGAGAAGGAGCAAAUCAAGACCCUCAACAACAAAUUUGCCUCCUUCAUCGACAAGGUGCGGUUCCUGGAACAGCAGAAUAAGCUCCUAGAGACCAAAUGGAGCUUCCUCCAAGAGCAAAAAUGUGCCAGGAGCAACCUGGAGCCCCUCUUCGAGAACUACAUCACCAACAUGCGGAGGCAGCUGGACAUAGUGAACAGCGACCGGGCUCGGCUCGAGGCUGAGAGGAACAACAUGCAGGAUGUCCUUGAGGGUUUCAAGAAGAAGUACGAAGAGGAGGUGGGACUCCGGGCCAAUGCUGAGAAUGAGUUUGUGACUCUGAAGAAGGAUGUGGAUACAGCUUUCUUAAAUAAGUCUGAUCUAGAGGCAAAUGCGGAUGCCCUAACUCAGGAUAUCGACUUCCUGAAAACCCUAUACAUGGCGGAAAUCCAGUUGCUGCAGUCACACAUCUCAGAGACAUCGGUCAUUGUGAAGAUGGACAACAGCCGAGAACUGGACCUUGAUGGGAUCAUCUGUGAAAUCAAGACCCAGUAUGAAGAGAUCGCCAGGCGCAGUCGGGCUGAUGCUGAGGCCUGGUACCAGACCAAGUAUGAGGAGAUGCGGGUGACAGCUGGCCAACACUGUGACAACCUGCGCAACACUCGGGAUGAGAUCAAUGAGCUGACCCGCCUGAUCCAGAGGCUGAAGGCAGAGAUCGAGCAUGCCAAGGCUCAGCGGGCCAAGCUGGAGGCCGCGGUGGCCGAGGCGGAGAAGCAGGGCGAGGCGGCCCUCAAUGAUGCCAAGUGCAAGCUGGCGGAUCUGGAGGGCGCCCUGCAGCAGGCCAAGCAGGACAUGGCGCGGCAGCUGCGCGAGUACCAGGAGCUAAUGAACACCAAGCUGGCCCUGGACAUCGAGAUCGCCACCUACCGCAAGCUGCUGGAGGGCGAGGAGAGCCGGAUCUGUGAAGGUGUUGGACCAGUAGACAUAUCCGUGAGCAGCUCCCGGGGCGGCCUGGUGUGCGGGCCUGAGACGCUGGUCACCAGCUCCAGCCUCUGCCGUGGCGGGGUCACCUUCUCCGGCAGCAGCAGCAUCCGGUCUGGAGGCUUCUGCGGCUCGAGCCUGGCCGCAGGUUCCCGAGGGGGCUCCGUGCUGGUGGCUGAGGCAUGUGCCCCCAGCAUCCCCUGCCCGCUGCCCACCGAGGGCGGCUUCAGCAGCUGCAGCGGCAGCCGCAGUUCCGGCGUCCGCUUCGUGUCCACCACCACCUCCCGCCGCACCAAGUAGUGAGAGCCGAGUGCCAGCCGGCCGCUGCCCAGGGAAGAACCGUCUCAGCGCCUCCUGCUUCUGCCCCCAAGGGCAUCCAGCUACCCCUCCUGCCAAGAAGCCAGGGGCUGCUGUGCCUGGCCUGUAUCCUCUGAGGGAACUUGCCCCCACCCCCACCAUGCGCCAUCCACAGGCCCCAGGGGACUGGCUUCUCCCUGACUCCCAGUUUCCUUCCUUCGAUCACUCCUCACCAUCCAGCCAAACAGCCUCAGGAAAUGCAGAUUCAAUACAAUGACAAAAAUCAGUGUGUCGGGAGGAACAGACUAAUUCAAAGCCGAGAAUGCGUUUGGGCACCAUCGCCAACCUAGCUUUGGAUUGAUUAAUCUGGACAAGGGAGAAUGUCCACACAGCAGGUGUCCUCAGCCCACCCCUGCUUCCCUCCUCUUCCUUUCCCUGGCUACAGAAGUUUCCUUCCUUCUUUUCCUCAUCCAGAAGGAUCCACCGUCUUUGGUGGCCAAGAGAUGGUUCUUCUCAGAGUGGCAAUGUCCUGGCUGCUUGCUUCUCUUCUUGGGCUGUUGGUGUAACCCUGGCACGUGGGUCCACAAGGUGGGUGGGUGCAGUAGAGAAGCGGGCCCUCAGCACUCCACUCCCCUGCUGGUGGUGUGAGGGGGGGCCCUGCCCUGUCCCCUGCAGGAGGGCUUAUGUCUGCAAGCUCCAGGGAGGCCUGGGCUGGGGUGGGAGCCUGAUU